CUAGAGCUGCGUAGUGAAGCAAGAGGUAACAGCCUUUGGGAGGAUGCAGGAACUUCACUUCCUAGCGCGAUCAAAAUGACCGUACCCCGGUUCACAGGCCACUGACAGCGUCCGUUCACAGACUCUCUCUAACCCGCACACAGACUCUCUCUAACCCGCACACAGACUCUCUCUAACCCGCACACACAGACUCUCUCUAACCCGCACACAGACUCUCUCUCACCCGCACACAGACUCUCUCCAACCCGGACCAGCACCAUGGACCUCAGUGUUCUGGAGGCUCUGGAGAGAGACAAAGUUCUGGAGGUUCUUCAGAGGGACAAAGUCCUGCGCUCUUUAGAGGAAGAAAGGAUCAGGAAGAUGAAGUCGGAGCUGCAGGAGAUCCGGCGGAAGGGCGCUAAGAGUUUUGCGCGGCAGUACAGCGAGCGGACGUGCGCGCGGUGCCAGAGGCCGCUGGGAAAGCUGUGGAACUGCGGCGCCACCUGCCGCGGCUGCAGCCACCGCAUCUGCAGCCGCUGCCGCGUCGCCAUCACCGCGCGCGACUGGAAGUGCACCGUCUGCCACGCCUACCGGGAUGUGAAGAUUAAAUCUGGCGAAUGGUUUCUGGAAGAGAGAGCGAAGAAGUACCCAGGUGUUUCAGACAGACAUGAGACCACUGGAGAGAGAAUACUGAAGUCCUACCGAAGCCUCAGUAAUAUUGCCAUCGUACCUCCGACCCCUCCCCCUUUCACUCAGACUCCAUCCUUCAACCGCUCAGGGGGGCUGCAAACAUCCAGACCUUUCACCAAAUCCAUGGAGAACCUGUUUGUGUCUCUGACGUCUCAUAUGAAGAAGAUCUCCAAGUCGCAGAACGAUGUCAACGCAGAGCAGACCCUGCUCACCACAGACUCCUGCUCCUACAGGAAGGAGAGGCGGAGCCAGUCUGACACCGCCAUCAACUGCCCAUUUGAGGUGGGCGGAGCACCCAGCCUCUCGGAGCUCGUCCGGCAGGCGAGGGCCCAGGAGGGGGCGGAGUCCAGCCAGGCCUGCACUGACGAUGACACGUAUCAGGGGGCGGAGCUUCAGCUGGAAAAGAGGGGCAGCGUUGGGAGCAUUGGCGCGGGACUGGGGGGCCACGACCCAAACAGCAGCAGGGCGGGAGACAUCGAGCUCGCGCUGGGGUACAACGGCAGGACGUCCUGUCUGGAGGUCUCUGUGAGAGCCUGCAGGAACCUACCCUACGGGGACGCCAAGAGGAAGAAGUGCCACCCGUGUGUGAAGCUCCACCUGCUGCCGGACGGAGGCAAACAGAAGACUGCGGUGAAGAGGAACACCACAGAUCCUGUUUUUAAGGAAACUUUAGAGUUCAAGAUGGAGCGCCCCCUGCUGGCCAGCCGGACCCUGCAGGCAUCGGUGUGGCACUCGGGGACCCUGAAGAGGAAGGUGUUCCUGGGGGAGGCGCUCGUGCCCCUGGGGGGCUGGGACUUUGAGGAAGACUCCGCCCGAUGGCUCCCGCUGUGCCCCCCAGCACAGACGGGUCCUGGCCCUCCCUGGAGGGGUACAGCUGGCCCAGGAGUCCGGGGUUCAGAGUCGGAGUUUGGGGUCCCCCUGGGACCACAGCCUGGUGUUCAGCGCAGUACCCACAGCCGGCCUACAGGGGGCCUGCCUACAACUCAGCCUGUAUGACCACGCCCCCUUGGGCCUGAAGCCAUGCCUCCUGGGCAGAUCCACGCUGGAGGAAGGGUUGUCAUGGCAGCGGGUCCAGCAGACCCCCAACACGUGGCACGACUUCGGCUUGCCUUUCCUGGCCAGCGACGCCGUCCAGAGAACCUGAGGGCAACGUUGUGCAAACGCUGGGAGAACCUCAGGGCAACGGCGUGCGGAACAUUUUACUAAACCGAACAUCUGGAUGCAGACCGUCGCUGGUAUGGAGCCCAAGACAGAGGCCAAUCACACACUUUCAUUCUGCAAGACAUUACCCCACCACCAAACAAGCAGAGCCAACGUUCCCACCCCCCCAAGACAAGCCCACCAAACAUACCCCCCCGGAAAAGCGACGCAAAACAUAGCCCUACAGUGAACUUCCUGCUGAACAGAGGGACCGUUAUACGUGUAGCACAGAGUCCUGCCUGUUGAAAGAGCACACAGGAUGUCCCCUCAUUGCCCUGCUACUGAACGGCGUCUGUUGUGCUCUUCUCUAGUGAAUGCUGCAUCUCUCCACUCUGUACUGGCCGUGCUCCGACAGCAAUUUCCUAAAAAUAAACCCUCCAUUCUGCCUGCUUAACGUUGCUCCACCCGUAUCAGCACCCACAGCAAGCUGGGCUCCUGUGCCCGAGCGCUCCGUACACCCGGGCUAAAUAUCCCUGUUGUAAAUAUCCCUGUUGUGUUUCAUGUUUCAUGUUCUUACUUCCAGCUACACUUGAGUGGAAAGAAGUUUGAGGGAAGAGCACUCUCCUUCAGUACCAAAACCAAUACAAUACCAAAGCUCAUUUCCCAGAAUGCAUUUCCCACUGAGCACACUGUACUGAGGUCCCCACAAUGCAUUUCUCACUGAACACACUGUACUCAGGCACUGUUUGUUGUUGUAGGUCUUUAUUGCCAAUAUGUUUCUCACCUCAUUAAAAAUAAAACCGGUUCAGGUGCGACCCGUGGCAGAAGUACAGUGGGUCGUGUGUUCUCUCAGAACCAGGCGAUCAGUCCCAAAGCCAGAGCCUGUAACCCAGGCAACCCAGCGAAACCGGCUCUACUAACGGGCCUAAGGAAAGAGCUCAGAAGACAUCUCAUGUAACAUAAACAGAAAGACUGUCUGCGUGUGUGAAACCACAGCACCAGACGCGUCUAAACUUGACCCCUGUCUGACCUCCUUCAGUCAUGACAUCAUGUGCAUUUCCUAUAUGACAUCAUGAGCAGUAACACGUAAAACUAAAGUGAAGGGGGGGAGAGAGUGUAUGAGAGUGAGGGGGAGAAUGGGAAAGAGGAAGAGGGAAAUGGAUAGAAAGAGAGAUAGUGAGAAAGUGAGAGAAAGAGAGAGAGAAAUAAAGUGUUUACAGGCAUCUUAGAAAUGCUGGUACCAUUUACUGCAUACGAAAAUCAAAAAGUACCUAGGAAUUUCCUAAACCGAUUUCAAUAACAUGCAGUUGAAUAUUAAUUUU